AUGGAGACAAUGAUAAUGAACCAGCCCAUUGUUGUGGAUAUGGGCACCGGUGUGCUCAAAGCAGGAUUUGCGGGUGAUCAGACCCCCAGGCAUUAUUUUCCGAAUUUCAUUGGACGACCUAAACAUGUGCGAGCGAUGGCAGGCGCGAUUGAAGGGGAUCGGUUUAUUGGCCCAAAAGCACAGGAGCACCGAGGGCUGUUGAACAUCCGCUAUCCCAUUGAACAUGGCAUUGUGCGUGACUGGAAUGAUAUGGAGCACAUCUGGCACUACAUCUACAGCAAGGAACAAAUGACAGUCAGUUCAGAGGAACAUCCAGUGCUACUCACGGAGGUGCCACUUAAUCCCAAGCGCAACCGCGAGAAAAUGGCCGAAAUGCUCUUUGAGACCUUUAGUGUUCCUGCCCUUUAUGUCUCCAUGCAAGCUGUUCUGAGUCUAUACGCUUCGGGUCGAACGACGGGAGUAGUGUUGGACUCGGGUGAUGGGGUGACGCACGCGGCACCGAUCUACGAGGGCUACGCGCUUCCUCACUCCAUCGAGCGCACCGACUUGGCGGGGCGCGACGUGACGCGUUAUCUGCGUUUGCUGCUGCGCAAGGAAGGCACCGACCUGCAUACGACAGCAGAGUUUGAGAUUGUACGUCAGAUUAAGGAGCGUUCCUGUUUCGUUAGCCUUAGCCCCGGUAAAGUGGAGGCAGUGGAGGCACAGGAGUAUUACCGCCUACCCGACGGGUCUCCUCUCCAAAUCGGCCCCGCCCGUUUCAAGGCUCCUGAACUUCUUUUUCGGCCCGACCUUAUUGGCGAGGAAUACUUUGGUGUUCAUCAGGCAAGCUUCCUCUAUUCGCAGUCUUGGGAACCAGAAACUACUUUUAGUUGUAAAAUAGAGUCAGGUGCAUCAUUUUUCCCUCUUAUCACCCUCCACUUUCAGGUAUUGGCAUACUCCAUUCAGAAGUCAGAUAUGGAUCUACGUCGAAUGCUAUAUGAAAACAUCGUCCUGUCUGGUGGUUCUACGCUAUUGAAAGGUUUCGGCGCUCGUCUACUGUUGGAGAUGAAACGCAUGGGCCCAAAAGACGCCAAGUUACACAUCUCAGCCCCCAACGAACGCCUCUACUCCACGUGGAUUGGUGGCUCCAUCCUUGCUUCGUUGGCUACCUUCAAAAACAUGUGGAUUUCUAAGCAGGAGUAUGAAAGUGAAGGUCCUGCUGUUCUGCAUCGAAAAUUCCUAUGA